CCAGUUCGAUUCGCAGCGUUUUCGUCCCAACUAGGUAGGGGUAGGUAUGAUCGAGCUGGCUCCCUCUCUGAGGAGUUUCCUUGGCCCCCCGCGGAAAAGGCGACGCCGGCAAUAUCCAGCAUUUCUCUGCCAUCAUUUCCAAAGGCGAUCGCUGCCGGGCUGUGCUUGUUGAUACGAAAGACGAGCACAGUAGACUCGCGAUGAAUCGCCGUGGUCAUGGGAACGGCAACGGCAGCGAGCGCGAGGGCAGCUCGGUGGGCCUCAUGACGGAGGCGCUCGAGAUGCAGCGCCAGAUGUGCGACGAAGCCAUGAGUCUCGUGAACGCAGGCGUGGCCAUGCAGAACGCGUCGCCCCCUAACGUGGCCGAGGCCGAACGCAAACUCACGCGCGCCGUGGACAUCAUGGAGCAGGCGCUGAGUAUCCGCUACCGCUCGGCGGACGAGAAGGACGCGGCGGAUCGCCUCAAUAACAAGAUGAUGCGUUACGUCAAGAUGAUCAAGAGUCAACGCGCCAAGAGCGUGGUCGGCGGUGGACCAAAGGGACGCAACCUCAUCAAGCACAACAUCCUCGAGAUGGAGCGACUCCCCGAGGUCUACACGCCUGUUCUCCAGCUGCUUAACAACUCGAACCAAUUAGGCGACAUUUGCGAGUCGCUUAAGCGCACUUUCGGCUUCCAGGAGAGCAGCGUACUCAACCAAAAGGAACACUUAUUGCUGUUGCUCACCAACUUUAAGGAGCAGAGUGGCCAGGACGACGGCAAAAAGAAGAAGAAGAAAAAGCAGGACGACACGGAGACUAUUGACGACUAUCUUCGCCAGCGCGACCCGCAGCUCGAGAUGGAUCUGGCCAAUAAGGGCGUCACGCGUCUCCAUGGACGUGUAUUUGCCAACUACAAGAAGUGGUGCAAGUACGUCUCUCAGAAGCCCAAGUUCUCGAGCGAUCCGCUUGUGGACAUUGCGCUUUUCUUCCUCAUUUGGGGCGAGGCCGCCAACUUCCGACAAAUGCCAGAGUGUUUGUGCUUCUUGCUGCACUCGAUGCUGCCUAAAGUCAACAGUGGUGGCAACGAAGAGCCCGGUACGUUCCUGGCCAACACGAUCCGCCCCAUGUACGCAGAGUUGCGUCGCGACAGUGACAAGAAGACGAGCAAGGGCGCUCGUGCUCCUCACCGUGAAAUUCGUAACUACGACGACUUUAACGAGUUCUUUUGGACCAAAAAGUGUCUGAAAUAUGACCACACGAACAUUGGCGAGGCCUUCGCCAACUACGACAAGAAGGGGCGACCCAAGAUCGUCAAGAAGACCUUCAGCGAGACACGAAGCUGGACGCGUGCAAUCAUCUCGUUCCGUCGCAUUUUCUUGAUGAAUUGUGCACUGUUUUUGGCAACAUUAGGUUUCUCGAUCGAUAUGGUGCUCUUGUGUCCUGACUCGGCAAUUAUGUACGGCGAGGACGUACAACCGUCCUCUGAAACGGGUGUGCUAGAGAUUCUGGGGAAAAAAUACGCGGCAUCGACGGAUUCUUCGUCAGUGGAGAACACGGACGACUCGCUCUCGGACGAUAUCAACACGGACAGUGGAGCGGGCUCGCAAUGUCUGUACGCCAAGCUGGCUACGUGUCUUGGCGUCGAGUACUUUACGUCGGCUUCGGAGACUUUUGGCACUUUACCUCAGGAUUUCAAGGAACUGAUCGAGAUUGUGCCCUUCACGGACUGUGUGGAGAAGACUGUGGGCCGCUGCAAAUGCUACCACGACUUGAUCGAUGACUGCUUUAGUGACUCUGGUGAGGCUGAUGAAGUGUCCACUGAAGGUUCUGUGGCGUCCAUUUCGUACGACCAGAGCAUGUGUGCUCCUUCGUGGUUGGAACAGGUUAAUAGCAUUCUGGAUGACGAAGGCGAUGGACUUCUCAACUGUGGCAAAUGCCAGAUUGACAUCACUAGUCUCGCGAAGAAACCGACUCGCAUUAUGGAUAUGGUGCAGGGUAUGAUCGACUUUGGUCGUGAUGAUAAGGGACCAAUGGCUCUCCUUGGUGGAGCAGCGAUGAUCGGACUGGUAUGCGUGUGCGAGCUGCAGAACCGUUUCUUCUCUGGUAUUGGUAUGGGCUUUGUGGGUCGUUCGAUGCCUGUUCCGAUGAAGACGUACUGCCGCUACACGUGCUUCUGGAUCGUGCUGUACCUUGUUAAGCUUACUUUCGAUUACCAGUUUGUCGUCAAGACACUGGUAGAAACGACACUGUUUGUUUACUCGGCCAAAUCGACGGAUUACCUCAAGUACUCGCACUUCAUGCUCCAGAUCACGUACCACAACAUCGUGUACAUUCUGUUCCUGUGGGUUCCAGCGUGGAUGGUGUUCUUGUACGACGCGCAGAUCUUCUACUCGGUGUUGUCCGUCAUCUACGGUUCCUUUGCUGGUUUCAACCUUCGUAUCGGUGAGCUCCGCUCGUUCCGUAUUCUUCGUCUGACGUUCAAGUCCAUCCCUGGUGUGUUUAACCGCAAACUGGUGCCGAAUAUUGUCGAGGAGAAAGCGAAAAAGAAAAAGAAGAAAAACAAAAAGAACAAGAACGACAAGGACGAGAUGGCCAUGCCGUUGCGUCGUUUCGAGCGUAUUUCGAUGUCUCAGGGCGCCAAGCCGUUGACGGUGAAGACGCAGAAGUACUCGAGUCUGCUGGAGCAGCGUGAUGAUGAUGAUGUGUACAGCGAGAUGAAGACGCCGAACGGCACCGACGAAGACAUGUCGUCGCAGUCGAGCCGCUCCUCGAACAUUGGCUCCAUCACGGGUGUGUCGGGAGCGGAGUUUGAGCGCACGAUUCCGUUUGCCAUGGCUUGGAACCGCUGCUUGACCAGUCUGCGUGAGGCCGAUGUCAUCAGUGACCGCGAGCUGAACGUUCUGAGCUACUUGAUCGACUCCAAGGACACUGUGGGCCGUAAGCUGUACCCGCCGGCCUUCCUGACGGCUGGUAAGCUUGACGAGUCGAUCGAUAUUGUUCUUGAGUGCUCUGCGUUGUAUGAGAAGCUGAAAACGGACAAGAAAAAGAAGGACAAGGUGCUUCAGAAGAUCGAAACGACUAUGCGCGAGCGUCUGACGAAGGAUGAUCUGCGUGUAGAGUCGAUUCUGGGUUCAUACAAGUUCUCUUCUCAGGUCCUGCGUAUCCUGCUCGGCGAGGAACACAAGGAGCUGGACGACUGCUACAACUUCAUCGAGGAGAUGGCGUCGCACCAGCAGAUCCUCAAGGGCUUGAAACUGGACAACUUGUACCUGUGCCGUGCUGCGGCUGCGGAACUCAUGAAGUCCAUUCUAGAGGUGCCCAAGAAGUCGACUGAGACUAGCAUCAAGUUCCAGCGUGCACUGUACAAGGUCAUUGACUCGGUGGAGUCCGUGAUUAACUGCCUUAAGAUGGUGCUGGCGAAACAGGAGAACUUGGUCCAGAUGCUGAAUGACACACCGCUGAAGCCAAACUCGUUCUUCUUCCCUGGCGACUCGCAGCACUACGCCAGUCUCCAGCUGCAGAAAAUUGUGAACGACGAGGCCGCUCUUGACAUUGUGUCGCGUGCGUACCAGCUCCUGACUGUGGAUAACUUCGAUGCCGAACCCCGCUCGGAAGAGGGACGUCGUCGCCUGCGUUUCUUUGCUAACUCGCUCUUCAUGGACAUGCCUGAGGCGAAGCCUAUUCGUAAGAUUCGUUCGCUGACUGUGUCGACACCGUACUACAACGAAAUUGUCAUGUACUCGAUCAAGGAUCUGACGGCGCAGAAUGAUGACUGCAUCAAGCUGCUGUACUACCUGCAGACCAUCUAUCCGUUCGAGUGGGAGAAUCUCCUGGAGCGUAUCCAGGCCAAGGACAUGAACGAAGCGCUGAAGAAGAACCCAGAGGAGGUACAAUUGUGGGCUAGUUACCGCGGCCAGACGCUUGCUCGUACUGUGCGUGGUAUGAUGUACAACGCGGAAGCUAUUCGCUUCUUGCACUGGCUGGAGAUUGGUGAAAAUGAGCCGAUGCACCAAGUGACGUGCUCGUGUAACAAGUGCUGUAAGCUGAACGAGAUGGUUGCUCUCAAGUUUAACUACGUGUGCACGUGCCAGAUCUACGGUAAGCAGAAGGACGAGCAGAAGCAGCAAGCUCAGGACAUCGACUUCCUGUUGCGCAAGCAUCCGAACCUUCGUGUUGCCUAUGUGGAUGGGCCGAAGAAGGUGAAGGAUGGCCCGCCGAAGUUCUUCUCGGUAUUGAUCCGCUCCCAAGACGAAAAAAUUGUCGAAAUUUACCGUGUCGAGCUGCCGGGCAACCCGAUUGUGGGUGAAGGUAAGCCCGAGAACCAAAACCACGCCAUCAUCUUCUCGCGCGGUGAAUUGCUGCAGUGUAUCGAUAUGAACCAGGAUGGUUACCUCGAAGAGGCCCUGAAGAUGCCGAACCUUCUGUCGACCAUGGACCGCGGCACAGAGAAGCGCCCGCUGACGAUUAUUGGUUUCCGUGAGCACGUGUUCACGGGUGGUGUGUCGAAUCUUGCUAGUUUCAUGUCGAUCCAGGAACUGUCGUUCGUAUCGCUGGGUCAGCGUAUGCUCGCUCUCUUCCACGUGCGUCAGCACUACGGUCACCCCGAUAUCUUUGACAAGCUAUUUGCUAUGAGUUGCGGUGGUACUGCCAAGGCUUCCAAGGGUGUGAAUCUUUCGGAAGAUAUUUUUGCUGGUUUCAACAGUACGCUUCGUGGUGGCCGCGUCUCCCACGAGGAGUUCAUUCAAGUGGGCAAGGGUCGUGAUGUCGGUAUGCAACAGUUGGCUCUGUUCGAGGCUAAGCUGUCUUCUGGUGCUGGUGAAGCUGUGAUCUCUCGUGAUGCAAUGCGCAUGGCUUCUCGUCUCGACUUCUUCCGUCUGCAUUCGUGGUUCUACGGCAACUUGGGUUGGUACUUCACACAGUCAAUGACUGUUGUUGGUGUGUACUUUUUCAUCUACGGCAAGGUGUACAUGGCUUUGAGUGGCAUGGACAGCUACUUCCUCGAGAAGGGUGGUCUUGGUAUCGCUGGCACAUUGAACACAUCGUGGGCAUUCCAGUUCGGUUUCCUUUUGGUUGUCCCUGUUAUCGCCGUGGUGGGUGUGGAGCAGGGUUUCCGCCAUGGUUUUACCUACCUACUCUGGAACGUCAUGACUCUUGGUCCAAUUUUCUUCACGUUCCAGAUGGGCACGCGUAUGCACUACUUCGACCGCACAUUGAUCCACGGUGGUGCCAAGUAUCGCGCUACGGGUCGUGGCUUCACGAUCAAGCACGAGAAGUUCGCCGAGCUUUAUCGUUUCUACGCGUUCAGUCACUUCUACCGUGGUGUUGAGUUGCUCUUCCUGUUGCUGAUGUUCUACGCCUACGGCACGUUCUCGUGGUGCAACUGCUCAUGGCGAUUGGAUGCGGACUUCUACAACAACGUUGAGCCCACUGACCUCGAGUGGCGAACGCGUUGUUACGAUGACCACUACCAGUCGUGUGUGCUGCCAACGAACCAGAACUACGGUAUUAUGUCGUACUCGCUGUGGAUCAUUGCAGCGACGUGGAUGUGGGCUCCGUUCUUCUUCAACCCGAGCGGUCUGGACUGGGACAAGAUCAUCGAGGACUACAACGACUGGCAGAACUGGCUGAAGACGACGAACGACUCGGCCGACAGUUGGUUUGGCUGGUGGUCCAAUGAGCAGGAAUACCUUGAGCACACAACUCGCGGUGCCCGCUUCAUUACUGGUGUCCGCAAGCUCCGAUUCCUGCUGGUUGCUAUCGGCAUGUACCUGAACAUGAUGUACAACGCGUACUUCGAGCGACCGAACAGGAUCAUCACGUCGGACGACGACAUGCUGACCUACGCUUUGUCCGGUCUGGUUAUCGUGAUCUUCCUGCUGCUGAUCUGCUGUGGUUACAUUGCCAGUCGUGUGACCAAGAAGAUGUCGAUGAAGCAGCGCAAGCUGCGCAAGAUCAAAUUCUUGCUUUCGUGCUGCUGCUUCCUCAUCUCGAUGUUGAGUCUCACGGUGCUGUCGGUCGGCAAUCUGUUCGCCAUCUUCAUUCUGCUGUUCGUGGCGGUGUACUGGUUCAUGCAGAUGUGCAUCUUGCGGCUGCAGUACCACCACAUUGUGGUUCGUGCUCUUGCUCGUGCCUAUGACCGCGCCGUUGGUUGGAUUGUGUUCGGGCCGAUUAUGAUUGUGUCGAUGUUCCUGCCCUUCAUCUCGUCCUUCCAGCAGCGUGUCAUGUUCAACAAUGCCUUCACCUCUGGUCUCGAGGUAUCGAAGCUUUUCGCACACGACGUGGCUCCGGCGCAGGUCGUCAAGGUCAAGCGCGUUUCGAAGAAGAAGAAAAACCGCGAUGAUUAAGCUGAACCAUUUGCUAGGUGCUCGGCUAGUCUAGCUAUUUUGUAUCUUCAUAGAACAUAACCACACUGUUCUCUGUUUUUUUUCAAACGUUCUUUCUUCAAGC